CCUGUCGUCACUGACUGCACAUGUGCACUUUAAAAGCCCAGUUUAUCACGCCGUCGACAUGGCAUGGCCAGGUGCCUGAUAAUUGACAGCUUGAAAGGUGCACUUUGAAAGCAGCCUGAGCGUACGCCUCUGGAUUUGCCCGUGCCUCUCUUCUGCUAUGUAACAAGGACUGUCAGCCCCGCCUGUCAACCCACUACGGAUCACUUGCUGCCACGAUCAAGCGCAAUAUUCACAGUUUCCACAGACAAGAUCGAGGAAAUGUUCUCAGUGGUCAUCCCAGGCAGGCCAUGUGUCACUGACAUUAACGCCGUGGAUGUUCAGCCCGGCGUUCAACCGACUAAGUUCGCCUUCACGGUCCCCGCUCUCCCCCGAUUCAACCAUAUUGUCGUCUUCUUCCUGCCCGGCACGGUGCUGCCUCCAGAUACAGCCGCCGCAAUCUAUCUCCAGACCCCGAACUCCAAGCAAGGUCCCAAUGGACCGGAGUUCCAGUUUCUAGGCGCCAUUGCCAAUGAGAAGCCUUCCGCCAUCUUCAAGGUUCGAUCCGGCGGUGGCCAGGCGCAACUGACAGAGGCUCAGCAGGAGGAUGAUAUGCUCGAUGAAGACGCCAACGCAUCAAGGGAUGCUACCAAUGGGCAGAUUGUGAUAGGCAUAUCAAUCGAGCCAACUCAAAGCGUGGCAGCGCAGAUGGCAGCAUUGGAUGCCGCGAGGGAGGCGACCUCGACAGAUCUGGUCCGCCUCCCGCCACAGCAAAAGCAGAUUACAACAAAAGUUCUUGCGCAAAGAGUAAUUGGAAAUGCAUUCAAUUUUCUGGCUAGCUUUGCCGAGUCAGACCCAAAUAGGAGAGGCGAAGAUGUUGUGCCCCUCAAAAGCUUUAGGGAUUGGUGGACGAAAUUUGAAAGACGUAUUGACAUGGACCCAACAUUUCUGGAACGUGAGGAUCCAAAUCAACCAUGACAAGAAUUAUUAAUAGCACGGCAGCGCCUAAAAUAUGUUCAUGCAA